GAACAGAACGGCGGAUACGAAAAGUCGCCGUACCAGAGAGAAGGGAAAGCUAAAAAUCUAGGGUGUGAUCAGCGGGAACAGUACACUGCAGCACGCCUCAAUGGGAGUGGGAAGGGAAGUAGAAGAAGACAAAUACAUUACAGAAGAAAUUGAUCGGUCAGAAGAAGAAGAAGAAGAAGAUGCUGAAGAUGAAACAGAGGAGGAGGAGGAGGAGGAGGAGGAGGAGGAUGACGAUGAGUACCAGGGAGAAACAGAGCAGAAGUGGAUAAAGCAUUACUCAUCUUCACAUCGAAUCCUGCUGGUCGGAGAAGGCGACUUCUCUUUCGCCCUCUCCUUAGCCACCGCUUUCGGAUCCGCCCGCAACCUCGUUGCCACUUCUCUCGAUUCCCUUGAGAGUGUGGAGAAGAAAUACGAGGGGGGGAUUAGGAACGUGAGGAAGAUAGAGGAAAAGGGGGGAGUGGUGUUGUUCGGAGUGGACGCAAAGCAGAUGAGCCAACACUUCUUCCUCAGGACUCAGAGGUUCGAUCGCAUCGUCUACAACUUCCCUCACGUCGGUUUUCUCUUCCGCGAGCAUAGCUACUGCCAAAUCCAGUUGAACAAGGCAUUGGUGAAGGGGUUCUUGAAGAACAGCAAAGUACUGUUGAAGAAGGAGACAGAGAAAGAGGAAGGGGGAGAGAUUCAUGUGACUCAUAAGGAGGGCGAGCCUUACAACAAAUGGGAUUUGGUGAGAAAGGCAGAGAAGAUAGGAUUGGUUUUACAGGAAGCAGUAGCCUUCUGUAAGGAUGACUAUCCGGGAUACAACAACAAGAGAGCCCAUGGUGGCAACUCUGAUGCCGCAUUUCAUCUGGGAUAUUGCACUACUUUCAAGUUCAGGCCCCGUAGGUAGGCAGCACAGUACUCAUGCCUUGCCUUAUGUUCUUUGAAGUAUUGGGAGAUUGCACUACUGUCUGUAAUAUACAUGCUUUAAUUUAGUGUUGCUUUGGAAGAAGAUUGGGAGUUUGGAUUUUGGACUUGGUUGAAAAUUCUUAUUCAAUACCCAAACCACCUGCUAUUUGAGCA